AGGCAAUACACGUUUUUACUACCGGGUCGCUGACGUCGGCGUCUUUUAGUCUGGAUGAGCGGAAUGGACAACAUGUUACAAUUCAUGAAACUUGUCGGACAGCUAAAACGCGUACCGCGAACAGGAUGGGUGUACAGAAAUGUAAAAAAGCCUGAGAGUGUGUCUGAUCAUAUGUACAGAAUGUCAAUGAUGGCCUUAACCAUACAGGAUCACAGUGUCAACAAAGAACGAUGUAUGAAGCUGGCUUUAGUUCAUGAUUUGGCUGAGUGUAUUGUGGGAGACAUUGCUCCAGCAGACAACGUUAGUAAAGCAGAGAAACACAGACGAGAAGAGGAAGCAAUGGUGCACAUCACUGGACUGUUAGAAGAUGGCUUGCGUGAAGAGAUUUAUAAUUUAUGGGAGGAGUAUGAGACACAGUCCAGUCCUGAGGCCAAACUAGUGAAGGAAUUAGACCAGCUGGAAAUGAUAAUACAAGCUCAUGAGUAUGAGGAGUUAGAGGGAACGCCUGGAAGACUGCAGGAGUUCUUCACCUCCACUGAAGGCAGGUUCCAUCACCCGGAAGUAUUGGGUCUGGUCAAGAGUUUGAAUGAGGAGAGGGCUCGCCACUUAGCUACCAAAGGAAAAAAUGAUGCAGAAAAAACCCCAACAACUCCCUCAUGACCUCAUUGUCUGUUAAGUAAUGAAGCUACC